CUAUCAUACUACACAGUGAACUGUUUUUCUGGAGAUAAAGUAUGAUAAUAAAUUAAUGUUGCGUUAACUGUAUAAAUGGUGUGGCGCGCAGCCGUGUGUCGUCUUGGCUCUCAGCGCGUCGCGCGCCCCCGCCCCCAAACCUAAUACGAGAGUGCGCGAGAGAAAUGCAGCGCGAGACACACACCGAACAUCCCCAAUAAAUCCCACAGACGCCACGCGCACGGGAAAAAGGGCACUGAAGAAAACAGCAGACGUUUAAGAAAGGAGCGACAGGAAAGGCGACCGCCGACGAGGUCAGAGGUAAAAUGGGAGGGAAGCUAAGCAAAAAGAAGAAGGGAUACAAUGUGGACAACGAGAAGGAUAAAGAGAAGGACGCCAAGACAGAGGGAGCGUCGGCAGAGGAGAGCGAAGCUCCAAAAGACAAGGAGGAAGCUCCCACCACCACAGAGACGACUAAUGACACAGCAGCAGCCGGCAAAGAAGCCACGCCUGGUGCUGAUAGUAAUUCCACUUCACCUAAGGAGGAGGAGAAAGGCUCUGCCCCUCCGAAAAAGGAGGAGCCUGCGGCUAAUGCCAAUGCUCCUAAAGCCUCUGACUCCAAGACCAGCGAGGCCGCCAAAGCAGAGCCCGCCAAGAGCCCCGAUGCCCCACCCACCAAAGCGGAGGAAAACUCCGCCCCCUCAGCUCCAGCAAAUGAGAAAGAGCCUGCGAAAGACCCCACCCCUCCUGCAAAAGAUCCCGCCCCUCCUGUAGCCACAGUGAUGGAGAACAAGGCUGACUCUGAGUCUAAAAAGACUGAGGCUCCGCCCGCAAAGGAAUCCACCCCUGCAGAGCCAAUCACCACGGAGGCAAGCCCCGCCCCCAAUAAGGAGCAAGCAGUCGCUGUGCAGGAUUAACAGGAGGAACAGUGAAUGACAAGAUUAAUGACAGAAUGAAAACAAUAUCAAAUCGAAAUAAUAAAACUAGCCCGCCCAUUUUAAAUUAUAUCAGUAAUUAUAAUAUUAAUAAUGAUGAUAGAAACAAUAACAGUAAUUAUUAUAACAGGCUGGACUUUGAUCAUCAUUUUGGCGAUAGACAUGAUCAUGGUGAAUAAGACUGAUGAUAGUUAUGAUAAUAAAGAUGAUAUCUUUAAUAUCCAAUUGAACUUUGAUACAAACCACCAGCCCCAAACUCUUUCUCUCUCUUUCUCUCUCUCUCUCUCUUCUUAUCUUUCUUUCCACCUCCAUUUAAUAAGGGGUGGAAUAAAAACAUGGAAUCUGUUCAUUGCCGCAUUCUGAUUCUCACUUCCCUCCAUUUGAGUGUAAUGUGAUGGCAGUGGGUGGGGUUAAUAUAUAUGUGUGUGCGUGAGUGUGUGUGUGUGUGUGUGUGUGUGUGUGUGUGUGGUAGUAAUAUUAGUAAUCCAGCGUCCCUGGUACAUACUUCAUAUUUCCUGUUUGCUGCUUUCUUGUUUGUGAUUGGCAUUGUGUCUUUGCUUAACCCCUGACUUUCCGACUUCCUCUGAUUCUCUCUCUCUCUCUCUUUUAAUCACAUAUCAGUAGAAAUAAAAUCAGUGUACAGCACAUUGCAUCAUACAUACUCACAGGGUCCAAAAUUAACACUCGCCAAGUGCCAAGUGCCAAAUGUGAGUACAAUAAAACUGAAUUACUCUGUAGUAAGGCUGGUAAAUCUAUGAGAAACUGCAACAUAAUAAGUGAAUGUUUUUUUUAUCAAAAUGUAGGAAUGAUAAUCUGACACGUUGUUGAUUUACGUCAUGUAAGCAAAAGGAAACAUCUGUUAUUAAAUUUUCUACCUUUUACCUAAGUGGAAAAUUUUACAUGCAUCAGAAGUUUAUUUAGGAUGCAUAAAGUUGUUUUUCUUCAGAACUCCAUGUGGCGGCAAUGUAGAGUAUUCCACGCAUUAAGCAACCAAACCGAAAAUUUAUGGAGCAAAUUCACAAAUGACUCCUUUGUGACAGGUGCAGUUUCAAUGAGAGACGAAGUCUGAAUUAUUUUGUAUAUGAUGCUGUGUAUCUGAAGUGAUUAUCACAAAUAUACAAAGAAUAAACAACUAAAUAUUUAUAUUGUAGGGACAAAAAUAUAUUUUCGAAAUAAAAAAAUGAGAAAUAUUUAUGGCUAGGAUUUUGCUCAAGUCAACCGCCAUUGAAAGGCAUGGCAAAGAGUUAAUUUAGGACCCUGCAUACACACAUAGACAUACACACACAGUAUUGAAUGUUACAUCAUCAGUGUUUUUGACUGAAGUGAUAGUGUAAGUGUGUAUGUGUGUAUAGGGAUUGGGGAGUAUGAAGUGAAUGUGUGUGUGCUGUAAGUCAUGCAUGGUCAGAGCAUGCAUUUUGUGAAAGUUUUUGCGUGAUUGUGUGUGUGUGUUAAUAGAGUUCUGGUCUUUCUGUACUUUGAAAGCAGCAGUUUUCAUGAUGUCAGAGAGAGAUGGAGAAAGAGAGAGAGAGAUAGAGAGUCCAUACCUCUAAACUCACCAAACAAGACACACUUCACACACUCACCACUCUUGUUGUGAGGGCUGUGUGUAUCUGUGUGUGUAAGAAUGUGUGUGUGUGUUUGCAUGUCAGUGGUUGGCCCUAUUGUUGUGUAUUUUUGGUUGCUGUGGAGAUAAUGUUGCUACAGGUGAUAUAUUUCAUUUGAAUUAACACAUGCUCUCUCUUUUCUUCUCUGUUUCUUUCUCUGUCAUUCCUUUUCGCUAUUCAAACCUUUUCCAAAACUCCCUGGUAAAGUAAAUAAUUAAUAAAAUGGAAGAACUGAGAUAUAUGUACUUGUAUACAUGGAGCAACAUUAAUAAAAUGAAAGAAACAGAUUGAAAAUCAGUUCACACGUCUUGA